AUGGCUCCUCCUAAUGUAGAGAAGAAAGUGGUCUCGCGCCCUAGCGCCAGAACUACCGCCCAACCUACUACCAAGAAGGCUAAAGCCCUUGACUCUAUCAACAGCCGUCUCGCCCUUGUCUUCAAGAGCGGUAAAGCUGCUAUCGGCUACCGCCACACGCUGCGCACGCUCCGUCGUGGAGGAGCUAAACUUAUCAUCAUCGCGAAUAACACUCCUCCCCUAAGAAAAGCUGAAAUCGAAUAUUACGCGAUGCUUUCUAAGACAGGUGUCCACCACUACAAUGGGUCCAACCAUGAUCUCGGUACAGCAUGCGGAAAAUAUUUCCGCGUUAGCACUUUGGCCAUAGAAGAUCCGGGAGAUUCUGAUAUCAUACGGUCUAUGCCAAAUGAGCAGUAA